CUGCCCCUCAGUAAGCGAUACCUCUCAUUAGCAUUGUCUUUCGGGUUCACUAGGGGUACUUGUGGUCAGGCGAUCUUCAUUCGUCAGAUAGUUAAGACUCAAUAACUGCGAGCUCAACCGUGCAAAUUCAGAAGAAACAUCGAAAAAACAUAGACCCUUGCAGGUGUCGGGGGCUUUACUCUUAAGAAUGUGAUUCCAGUAAUUCAAAUGAUGCCCCUUCUUUCUUUGAACGCGGGACAAACGAAGCUGGGGAUUUCAUCCACGCUUCGCUAGGAUUUUCUACGAUUUUAAAUUUUGAUUGUACCAUUGGGAUGUUACGUUGAUCAUGAUUGACAUAUUUGGGACAAACAAAAAACGAAGCUUGAUAUUUUGACAACGGAUCACUUCGAAUUUCCACGAUUUUCAUCUUUUAUUUAUUUGAACGUCGCUUUGAUUUGGACUGACGUUUAGAAGUGAACACGCAGAUGUUUCUCAUGAUGUAAACACUUUUGAGUUGAUCUCUUUGGAAUAACACUGGACGUCCUGAAAUUGCCUACGGUUGAAUAGUGUUUACUUCCUGUAAUGGGUUAGGUGACUUUGGUCGGAUACAUCCAAAUCUACUCUAGAUAUCGUCCUAUCUGAGCAGGGGGAAUCGAAUUCCCUUAUUUUUCCGGCAAACUGUUUCCAUGGAAAUUUGCAUAAUACUCAUGAUCGUAGUUUCUGAGCUGCCCUGAUUUAGUAGCACUCUGAUCAAGGAACUCAACGAAGCGAACUGGAAUUGCCUACCAACCCAUUGCGGAAAUGAGCGCCAACAUUUCGCAUAGCAACGGGACAUCGACAUCCCCAACCCUUCACUUCAUCACAACAGCGCCCACCGUUGCCAUGGAAACGGAGGAGGAUGGAAUGAUGGAUGGGGUCCACGAUGAGACAUCUUAUCGAUUUCGGACCAUCUCCCCGGUGCUCUUUGGAUGUGUCUGUGUAUUGACAUUGUUCGGUCUGGUGCUAUCUACCGUGUUUCUCGUCUUCAAUAUCAGAUAUCGAAAUCACAGGUUAAUAAAAAUGUCAAGCCCUAAUUUGAACAUACUGAUUGUGCUUGGUACCAUUCUCAUCUACGCAUGCGUGAUCCUCCUUGGAAUCGACAGUAAUACGUCAUCACUAGAAACCUUAACAGCACUCUGCAAGACGCGUUUGUUCUUGCUCAUAUGCGGUUUCACGUUAGUCUACGGGUCUCUCUUCACCAAGUCUUGGCGAGUUUAUAGAAUAUUCGGACACACUGGUGCAAAACGGAUGGUGAUACGAGAUAAUAAACUGAUUGGAAUAAUAGCUUGUUUACUUCUCGUCGAUUCUCUUAUCAUGGCAAUAUGGCUGAUCUUCGAUCCCCCACAAUGCCAGGUGCAAGUACUUCCGGUGACGUCACAGAAAGAAACAACUCAAUCAACUGAAAAUCCCUUGACAACGCCACAAACCACACCCACAUGGAGGGGUGCGGUCUACGUCUGCCACUCCCACUAUCAGGAAAUCUGGCUGCUUGUCAUCUACGUGUAUAAGUGUAUCAUUCUACUCUACGGCACACAUCUUUCAUGGGCAACUAGGAAUGUCGCCCUCAGCGCCAUGAACGAUGCAAGGUGCAUCAUCAUCUCUGUGUAUACCUGUGUCGUCCUGGUUUCCAUGACGACGGCUCUUUCGUCGACGAUGUGGCGGUGGCCCAACGUGUGGUACUCUUGUCUGGCCUUGGUCUUGCUUAUCUGUACGACAGAAGUCCUGGUCUUGGUUCAUCUUCCAAAGAUACUUGCUUGGAAGGACAACCCGGAUGCUACAAUGCCAUUGUCAAGGACGCUUACGUCGUCAUACAUAGCAACCAAUCACGGUCAAUCAUUCAAUCAAGUAGAAGAGGAGUUAUUUCUCUUAUCUGCGGAAAAUGCAGCUUUAAAACGAUCGCUUGGCGAGAAAGAUGAUACCAUCAAGUUGCUUCAGAGUCAUGUUGGGGUUGCCAAGGAAAAACUCUGCCAGCUUAUUGUCGAUGGUGACGGCCGCCAUGACAGUGGAUGUGAUUUCGAUGGUUCCUCAUCGGCCACCAGCCAAGAAGAUCCCACAUCGAUUGGUACAGAGCCAAGUGUCAGCGAAAAGUCCGUCACGGAGAAGCCAGUAGAUUACGCCCAGGAGUCCGGGGGCUCUCAACAGAACAGUCCCGUUAAGAAAAAGAAAAGGUCGCCGAAAAAGAGCAAAGGAACAUCAACGAAAGGUAUUUCAAUGGAGGGAGAAGCAGUGACGGUUGUUGAUUUGGAAGAUAAAAAUGUUUUAGAUCGAUCGACUUCAUCUGCGUUAAUACCUCCAACAACUGGUCGACGGGAGAGCUUAAGCGUGCAAAGCAUACGCAGGAGAAGAGCGAACAGUCUUCGAAGUGUCGGCAGCACAUCGUCCCAAUUUGAAGAACUGCGCAACUGUAUCGCAAAAGAACUACACCAAGCUCAGCAUAUAUCGUCAAACCUGCGCGAUUCCAUAGCGCAGGAUUUGGGCUCGUGCAGGGAGAGACCUUUGUAUUACGAUAUCGCGCGCACGGAAGGUGAAAUAAUGUCAUCCUUGAGCAAAUCCUACAGACUACGAGAUGACGACACGCAUUCUUUAGCAAGUAGUACGUUCACAUAUGAUAAUCCUGUCUUUUCUCGCGAUCAGUUUCCAAGGAGAAGCAACAGCAGUUAUCGGACAAGCAGAACAAGCAGACAAUCCAGCUUUAGAUCCGUUGCCAGUAUUGCCCUUGAAAUAGCAGAGAGCUACUCGAGAAAAAACAAGAAUGGGAACGUCAAAGACAGAGAACUGCAGUGGCCAAGUUAUAUUCCGCCCAAGGAAUCUAAAGUGCGCAGUGGGGAGCCUUUACGAGUUGUGCGCAGCUCGGAAGCGCCAAUUGUGUAUACUAGGAGCAUAUACAAUACAUACGUUUGAACGAACAUCAAGAUCAUUUAUGCUUUAACUCAUGUCAGUUUGCUUAAAUGUAUAUAAAAGUAUCGAUUUUGUGAAGAUACAACUAUAUUUAUUUACUGAAAUGAACUUUGUGUUAACUUAUUUUCCAAUA